GUCACUUGAAAUGCGUUGACUCUCUCUCUCUCCAAACAGCAACUAUCAAAAUCAUUGGCGACAACCACAUUUAAAAGUAAUGAGAUGUGCACUUAAGAUAAUCGAGUAAAUAUCAAAAAGGAAUUGUUUUCAACAGUCAACAAACGAUGGAUGCAGUUCCAGGGAGAAUCGCGCCUGAGGCUACAGGAUCGUCCCAUGACCGCACCUAUUGUCAGCCAUGUUCUGAAGAUGCGAAGAGCAUACUUCCUGAAGCCUUCUGUCCUGUCUGCAAAGAGUUCUUGUGCUCAGCAUGUGCCCGAGUACACAGGAACAUGAAGCUGACAAAGAGCCACGUCCUCCAGGACAAGAGCAGUAUGCCUUCCUCAUUCCACACCGAUUCAGAGGAAGAUGAGUUUAAAGAAACAUGUCAGCGCCAUGCUAAAGAGUUCAUAAAAUACUACUGUCCAAACCAUGAUGCACUUCUGUGUGGUGACUGCGUAGUUGAUUAUGAAGAACAUCAUUCCUGUAAAGUAAAGAAAAUUUCUCAAUUGGCAAAACGAUACAAAGAGGGUGCAGAAUACAAAAGUCUGAAAACAGGUAUAGUGCAGAUGGUUAGUGACAUUGCGAACUUUAUAUCGUUCAUACAGUCGAGCUUGAAAUCAGUUGACGAAGAAAGUCUCACCAAUAUCAAUGAUCUUCGAAAGUUCAGACAUGAGAUCAACCAGUUAUUGGAUAAGAGGGAGAAACAGUUACUGGAAGAAAUUAAUCAGAAGAAAAAGAAAUCCGAGAUGCUGCUGAAUGAAAUGAAAGCAAACUGUCAAGACUUGAAAAAUGCGACUGAGAAGCUUAAGGCUUAUUUACAAGCCCAGGAGGUCAACAACAACCAGCUGUUCAUAUCUGGAACAAGGGCGUUCAAGGAGUUAGUCGGUCUUCAGUCAUCACUUAAGGACAUCAGGGGAAGAAGAAAAGUUCCACACUCCAAAUUCAGCAGGGACACAGCAAUAGAACAACUGCUGUCCUCAAACACAGCUAUUGGCAGAGUGGACCAGGUUGCGUCAGAUUUUGCAGAAGAAGUGGCGUCAGAUUUGGCAGACCAGCAGAAACAACCACAGGGGCCAGCCUUAAACCAGAGCCGUGCAGACCUGAGCCAGUCCCAGUUUAGCAAGCUGCCUGACAUCAAAGUGCAUUUAUCAAGUGAUAUCAGUGACUGCUGGCUUACCAGUAUGGCCCUCCUACCCGGGGACCGGCUUUUACUGGCAGAUUGCGACAAUUACUUAUUGAAGCUGGUGGACACCGAGAAUUACAAGCUGGUAUCUCAGGUGAAGCUGCCAGGUAAGCCUUGGGACCUGUGUCUCCUGCCCGGAGACAGGGCAGCCGUCACUCUGCCUUUGAUGAGGAAGAUACAGUUAAUAUCUACUCAGGGAAAUGUCACGCUAAAUAAUGUUGUUAAUGUAAAUGGAAGAUGUCAUGGAAUAGAUUUCUGUGAUGACAACUUGAUGGUGUCCUUCUCCCACCAAGGUAAGGUUGUGUUGAUGGACAUGAAGGGAAAGGUGAAGAAGAGUGUGGACAAAGACAGCAGUGGAAAACCUUUGUUUCAGUAUCCGGUGUAUCUGACAGUGACCAGAGAAAGCCAAACUCCCGUCAUAUAUGUCAUAGACAAGGACACCAACACCAUAACCAAGCUGAGCAUGUCACUGGAGGUGCUCCAGUCUUACCAAGAUCCGUUACUGAAAUCACCGUAUGGUAUGGCAGCUAUUGGGGGCAACCAGCUGCUCAUGUGUGGGUGGAACAGUAACAAUAUCGUGUUACUGAACACGCUCACCGGAAAGAUAACGCAACUGCUGGGGAAAGAAGCGGGAAUAGAGAAGCCAUACAGUGUGGCUUACUGUUCACAGAAGAAGAUGAUGUUUGUCACCUGCAGUCAGUAUCGCAGACCUGAAAUGAAGAAUAUCGUGAAAGUAUUCAACUUAGUAUAGAUCAUGUCUGCCAAUUAAUAUGAGUGAAAUCUGUAUCAGGUGUGAAGUAAUCACAUGAGCGGGUCGUAAUGUCUAUUUUACUUGAACAGGUACUCCGCCGGGACCUCGUGCACGCAUUGCAGAAAGAGAGGCCGGGAAUUCCCCUAGAGAACUUCAUUUUGCAUAUGGACAAUGCACUGUCCCAUACUGCAUAAAUGAAACGUUUGGAGAUCGUGGUCCUCGGAUUCGAG